CCAACUGCCUGCUGCUGUGUACCUGCUGUGUCUGCCAUGUCUCUGUCCCCGUGUUGUUUCCAGAGGGGCUUCAGUGCUCGUUCAGCCUGUUCUGCUCUCUCAGGAGGCCAUGCCAGGCGCAGCUUCAGCAGCAGGAGCCUCAGUUCUUCCCGGGGAUGCCGAGGAGGCUCUCGCGGAAGGCCUCGGGGGUUUCAGGGAAGGCUGGGGAUGUGGUCCAGGGAAGGGAUUGGUGGGUCUGAGCCUUCCUUGUGUCCAGGGGGCAUCCGAGAAGUGACCAUCAAUCAGAAUCUGCUGACUCCCCUGAAGAUUGAGAUUGACCCCCAGUUCCAAGUGGUGAGGACACAGGAGACCCAGGAGAUCCGCACUCUCAAUAACCAGUUUGCUUCCUUCAUUGACAAGGUUCGGUUCCUAGAGCAGCAAAACAAAGUCCUAGAGACCAAGUGGCACCUGCUGCAGCAGCUGGAGGUGAGUGACAGCCCCCAGAGCCUGGAGUCUGUCUUUGAAGCCCACCUGGCCCAGCUCAGGAAGCAGUUGGAGCAGCUGCAGAGAGAACGAGGGACCCUGGAUGCCGAGCUGACAACCUACCAGAAGCAGGAGGAGGAGUAUAAGGCCAAGUACGAUCUGGAGGCCCACACUCAUGCCACGGUGGAGAAUGACUUUGCUGUCUUCAAAAAGGAAGUGGAUGGGGCUUUCUGGAGCAAGAUGGAACUGGAAGGGAAACUGGAGUCUCUGAGAGAAUUGUUUUGCUUCCUGACACAUCUGUAUGAAGAAGAACGGAGCCAGCUGCAGACACAGGCGGGCGACACAUCUGUGGUGGUGUCCAUGGACAACAACCGCUGCCUGGAUUUCAGUGACAUCAUCGCUGAGGUCCGUUCCCGGUAUGAGGAGAUUGCCUGCACGAGCAAGGCUGAGGCUGAGGCCUUGUACCAGACCAAGUACCAGGAGCUUCAGUCAUCAGCCCAACUUCAUGAGGACAGCAUGAAGGAAACCAAGAUCCAGGUGUCCCAGCUGCAAUAUGAGAUCCAGAAGCUGCAGAGUCAGAUUGACAGCCUCAAGCGCCAGAAUGCAGACAUGCAGUCGGCUAUCAAUGAUGCUCAGCAGCACGGGGAACUGGCCCUCAAGGAUGCCAAAAGCAAGCUGGAUGAACUUGAGGGUACCCUGAGAAUGGCCAAGCAGGACAUGGCCAGGCUGCUGCGAGACUAUCAGGAACUAACGAGCACAAAGCUGUCCCUGGAUGUGGAGAUUGCUAUGUAUCGCAGGCUGCUGGAGGGCGAGGAGAACAGGAUGUCUGGGGAGUGCCCCAGCCAGGUGAUUAUCUCCAUAGUGGGAGACAAUGCCAUUGUGCCUGGAGGAGUUGGUGGCAGCCAACAAAGGGGCACUUGUGGAUUUAGAGGUGGGAAAGACACCUUUGGAUAUGGCUGCUCCAGCGUUGUGACUGGAGGCUUCAGCGACACCCUGGGCUCUGGUCAAGGCCCUACUUCGGGCUCCUGCUCUGUGUCUGGCUCUGGCUUCAGCUCUGGCUCCAGCUCCAGCUCCAGCCACCAUACUAUCCUGAAGAAGACAGUGGAGUCAAGUUUGAAGACAUCCAUCACAUACUGAGUGUCCUGGUGACCACUUUUUCCUGGACCCACCAGCCCUGCUCCUACAUUGUCCUCCAGCUCAUAGCCAGCCCUGAAUCCACUGCCCGCCUCCUAAGCCAGCCCAAGGGAAUUCUGAGAAAGUCAAUAAAGUCCCACCCACCUGA